UCUUCUUUCUUUCUUUCUUCUCUCCAUUUUUGAAGCUUCUGGAAACUAAUCUACCAGGUGUUGGUGGAUCUUUAGGGGCUGAGGGUUUAAGGAUAAUGUUGAGGAAGAGGUCCAGAUCACACCAGAAAGUUCAACACAUGGGGCAUUUGACAUCUGAUGGUAUCUCAGAUUCCUAUUUUCAAUCUGAUGUUUUGGUUAGGAAACAUAAAAAUUGUUCCUUUUUCAAUGUUCCUGGUGUGUUUGUUGGGCUUAAUCCCAAGGGUUCAGAAUCUGAUUCAGUGAGAAGUCCUACUUCUCCACUGGAUUUUAGAGUCUUUUCAAAUUUAGGCAACCCCUUAAGGAGUGAGGGGGUUAACAAAACUUGGGGUUGUACUACUAAAGUAGGCCUUGGCAUUGUAGAUUCUCUUGAUGAUGAAAUGAAACAAUCUGGGAAAGUUCUUCGAUCAUCAGACAGUAAAACUAUUAUUUUUGGUACACAAAUGAGGAACAAAACACAUGAUUUUAAAAGCUGUGUUGUUGGUUCUCUUGAGGAACCUAAGUCACUCCCUAAGGAUAUAUCGGUUUAUCCUCAUACUUUGGCUAAAAGCUCGAAUCUUGAAAAGGGUAAUUCUGAUGUUGUGUUUGGAAUUGGAGAAGCCCUGUCGGAUCAUGAGUUAUCGAGAAAUUUUCGUUCUUGUUCUCUUGACUCUGGAAGGUGUAGUUCACGUUUCCCAAGCUUGGCGAACCGUACUGCAACUGUUGGUUUUGAAAAUGGAAUAAGUUCGGUGGUUUCACGUACUAAAUGUGUUAGAGGUUGCUCAAAAUUGGGCAAUCCAGCAGGUGGUGCUAAAUUGAGUGAUAUACCAACAUCUGUUGGCUCUAACACUAGCUUAGUUGGUUCUAUUUCGGCAAGUGAUAUUGAACUUUCUGAGGAUUAUACCUGUGUGAGAACCCAUGGACCCAACGCCAAAGUAACUCAUAUUUUUUGUGACUGCAUUUUAGAAUGUCACAACAAUGAGUUGCCCAAUUUUUGUAAGAAUGCUAAUGAGAAUGAGAGAACUGUGUUGCCUGAGGCGGCGGAGAGCUCAGAGGUCGUCACUUCAUUUCCUUCAAGUGAUUUUUUGCGCUUCUGUUACUCUUGCAAGAAGAAGCUCGAUGGAGAGGAUAUUUACAUGUACAGAGGUGAGAAAGCUUUUUGCAGCUUGGAUUGUCGUUCCGAGGAGAUUUUAAUUGAUGAGGAAAUGGAGAAAGUCAAUAAUGGUUCUGAAAGCACUAUUGAGCCAAACAGCAGUGAUGAAGUUUUGGACACCGGCUUGUUCAUUGCUACAUAGGAUGCCGGAAUUGCACUGCUGUAGCUACUAAGCCCAUGAUUGACGAAACCACCAUACUGGUUAACAACGAGACACCUGGUCAUCUGUUUCCUAAGAGCUGUUUUUGUGCAUCUUUGUGCAGCCAUGGAUGAUCAGAGCAUGUAUUGCUACUUGUGUGAACUGUCUUUCCUUUCUCAUGGUCUUAGUGGUUAAUGGUCACAAACAGCAAAAUUUGCUUUACAUAGUUCUGAAUUUGAUAUGUAAUAGCGGAGAAUAAUCUCAAAAAAAAAAAAAAACCUAAAGUAAAAGGGUUGUAGCGCAUCCUAGUGGCUCCCCCAUUUUUGGUUUCUCACCUGCUAAUAUUACCUGGCGAAGUUGAUGAAUAUAAAUGUUUCAUGACUUCUACAGGUGUAGACCAAGACACCGGUGUUGGGAUGAAUAAAAAUAUUUUGUAACUAUGGUUUA